UUACAACUUCUUUCGAUGGAGCCAGUGGCGGUGGCGGUGGAGGUGCCGAUCUCAGUUCCGGUGACGGAAACCCCAGCGAUGAAGCCGAAGCAAGAAGAGUUCAUUUUCCGAUCGAAACUCCCAGACAUUUACAUCCCAAGCCAUCUCCCACUACACACUUAUUGCUUUGAAAACAUAUCUCAAUUCAGCUCAAGUCCAUGUCUCAUAAACGGCUCCACCGGCGAGAUACACACAUACGCAGAGGUUGAGCUCAUCUCUCGAAGAGUUGCCGCCGGGCUUAACAAGCUAGGCAUUCAACAAGGCCAAGUCAUCAUGAAUUUACUACCUAAUUCGCCGGAAUUUGUCUUUGCAUUCCUUGGGGCUUCAUAUCGCGGCGCCAUGACCACGACGGCGAACCCAUUUUAUAUGCCGGCCGAGAUUGCAAAGCAAGCUAAGAAAUCCAAUGUCAGAUUGAUAGUGACACAAGCUUGUUAUGUGGACAAGGUGAAGGAGUUAGCACAAGAGAAUGAUAUUAAGAUUGUGUGUAUUGACUCGGCUCGAGAUGGGUGUAUUCAUUUCUCCGAGUUGACUCAAUCGGAUGAGAACGAGAUGCCAAGUGUUGAGAUCUCAUCGGAUGAUAUCGUGGCUCUUCCUUUCUCAUCGGGAACCACCGGUUUACCUAAGGGUGUGAUGCUGAGUCACAAGGGAUUGGUAACGAGUGUGGCUCAACAGGUUGAUGGAGAAAACCCUAACUUGUAUCUAACGACUGACGAUGUAUUGCUAUGUGUGUUACCACUGUUUCAUAUUUACUCUCUCAACACUGUGUUAUUGUGUGCGUUACGAGUAGGAGCAACGAUUCUGCUCAUGCAGAAGUUUGAGAUUGUGUCUUUGAUGGAAUUGGUGCAAAAGUAUAAGGUGACAUUUGCACCGUUGGUUCCACCGAUAGUUUUAUCAAUCACCAAGAGCUCGGUUGCGGCAAAGUACGAUCUAUCAUCGAUCACGAAAGUCAUGUCUGGGGCGGCACCCAUGGGAAAGGAGCUUGAAGAUGCCCUUAGAGAUUUGCUUCCCAAUGCAAAGUUUGGCCAGGGUUAUGGGAUGACAGAGGCGGGACCAGUGUUGUCAAUGUGCUCCGCUUUUGCAAAGGAGCCGUUCGAUAUAAAAUUAGGAUCAUGUGGGACCGUUGUCAGGAAUGCCGAUUUGAAGAUCCUUGAUCCUGAGACAGGUGUCACUCUACCCCGAAAUCAGCCUGGAGAAAUUUGCAUUAGAGGGGCCCAGAUCAUGAAAGGUUACCUUAAUGAUCCUGAAGCCACGGAGAGUACCAUUGACAAAGAAGGUUGGUUACACACCGGCGAUGUCGGCUUCAUCGAUGAUGAUGAUGAGAUGUUCAUUGUGGACAGAUUGAAGGAAAUAAUUAAGUACAAAGGGUUCCAAGUAGCUCCCGCCGAGCUUGAAGGCAUGCUCAUUGCUCAUCCUCAAAUAUCCGAUGCGGCUGUAGUCCCAAUGAAAGAUGAAGUUGCCGGUGAGGUUCCAGUUGCAUUUGUUGUGAAAUCCAAUGGUUACGAGAUAACGGAGGAUGACAUCAAGCAAUAUAUCUCAAAGCAGGUGGUGUUCUACAAGAGGAUCAACCGGGUGUUCUUCACCGAUGCCAUCCCGAAAGCGCCAUCUGGCAAGAUCUUACGGAAAGAAUUAAGAGCAAAGCUUGCAGCUGGUUUUCCCAAGUAGUUCUUGCCAUACUACAAUAUAUUCUGUGCUACAAAAGGGCAAAUUCUGUAAUUUACUUUAUGUUUCCACUGCCCUUGGGGAAAAAAAAAAAUUUGAUCUCCCUAUUUUAAUAUGGUGAUUCUUUGCGGCCCUUCAAUCAAAUUAUUCAUUUGUCAAGGAUUACUUCUCUAUUCCUUCAAAACUUUCUAUUUUUAAGGUGAUGAUUUGAGUUUUCUAUCUAAUCUAAGCUUUUUUCUUU